AUGCACCCUCGUCUGCGCUCCCAGGACAAUCUUUGGGCCGCCACCAACGGGACAACCAAUGAUGUCGCGACCUUCUUCGGCGCCCAGCCCACGAGCACUCGUGUGGGCGGCAAGCUCCAGUACGUUUUCUUGGCCGGCACCGACUACAACUUCACCGUUACUGGCAGCGGCGGUGCCUCCUGCACCGGCACAGCCAAGAUCACUCCCUGCACGCCGGUCUGCAAGAACGUGCAGGUCAACGUCACAGCAACCUCGGCCACGUCAGCUUGCUCAGUAAGCAUCGGUGCCAACAUCUUCGACACCUCAGCCACCGGGUUUUUUGACACCGCCUCCCUCGGCACGACGGCCACCACCGCGCUGCUGACCGCGGUCAACGGGACGCUGCUCGCGGCGCCGCAGCAGUACCCUCAGGGCACCUACUCUGUGCAGGCACAGGGCCUGGCCGCCUGA